CAAUCCGUCCGUGUUUCCAAGCGCGAGAACUGAGAACUUUUCAAGAAUCGUCUAUGAAUUCGGUCCUCAGUAAUAUUAAUUUAAACGAUCAUUAAUCGUCUUCUAAUACUUCUUAUUGUAGUAUCUAUGUUCCAUCUUUUUCUUUUUUUGCGAAAAAGAAUAUUCGAAAAACACGUGUGAACGUGGACGUAAACACCGUCACGUAUGUAUUUGACGUUACUCGGCGUAAAUAUAACCUGACGAAACCGUCAAAAUCGAGAUGAACUUAGUUGAGUUAGAUGACUGAAAAGUUGAAAAUAUAAUGUAUAAGAAGCGAUGGGAGAAUUUAAGGAGAGUUGACGACAACUUCGAACUCGUACCAGAAACAACUAAGAGAGCGGAAUGUUUGACGAGAGUUAAUUUUACACACGUUUCGUUCGACUGCAACGAGGAGCACGUUGCUGCCAUUGAUACAACGGGACAUUUGUAUUUCAUCGAUCUGUCGAAUGAUUGUCCUUGCUAUCAAAAAUUGGGAAACAUCGGACGUGCCACUUUUCUCACCUUUAAUCCUAUAAACAAACUGGAAAUAUUAGUCGGCCUUAUUACAGCUGAUAUAAAGAUACUGAGAGUGAACGUGAACGUUUCACAAUUCUGCUUGUUAAUCGCACAUAAAUAUCCGCCGAUACACUUUUCCUUUUAUAAGAAAUAUUGUCUGACUUCCUCCUGCAGAGAAGUAAUAAUAUGGUACUUAGAUUCCUGUAGUAAGGCGCAGCAGUUGAAAGUCAAUACAAAGAAUGUUAUAAUAAAGAAAGCAAGCUUCUCAAAUCAAGGACACAUAGUAGUCCUGUACUACAAUGACAAUAUGCAAAUAUGGAACUACAAUCAAUUAGAUAACGAUAUCAAAAUUGAUCCAAAAAUAUAUGGUAUACGUAAUAUAAAAGACUUUGUUUUCACACAAAAUGGAAGAGCGAUGAUUAUUGCUAGCGCUCAGAAUAAAAUCGUUAUUUUGAACACUUGUAACUGGAAUUUGAUAAAGACUUUAACUUUACCAGAUAACUAUGUAGGAAUAAAAUGUUUCUCCCUCGUGCCAUCACCUUUGGACGGAGGGUCGAAUAAUGUAUUAGCGUGUGUUUCAUCAAAUUGUAAUAUUCAUUUCUUUGAUCUGAAUCAAGCUUGUUUCAUUCAUAUGCUGCAGCCUAUUAAACCAAUAAGAAAGAUCGCAGUUUCUCCGUCAGGGAGAUACAUAGCAUACAUAGAAAAAGAGGGGAACUUGAAAUUACUGGUUACUGAAUUACUGUUUCCUAAGAAGUGUGAAUCAACAAAGAAAUUAGCGGAACCGUGUAGGCCGGUUGCGCAUAAAGUUCGUGAGCAUUUAAACUGCGUCAGAAAAUACAUAAAAGAAGAAUUGCGUUCGGAGCGAUUGAUGCUUAUCUUGAAAGAGUUUGGCGAAUAUCCUGAAAAAUACCGCGUAUUAAUAUGGUCAACUAUUCUACAGUUGCCAGGCAAUAAAACUGCUUACAAUGCCCUGGCUAAUAAAAGUGCGAGCAUCCGUUAUCCUUCCGAUAUUCUGAAAGACUAUCCACUAGCAAGUAGAAGUAAAAGAAUAUUGUUAACAACAACAGUUCAUUGCUUAAUACAAUGGUGCCCUUUAUUGGUGCAAUGUACAUUUUUACCGAAUUUAAUUUUUCCAUUCCUCAUAAUCUUCCAGAAAGACCAAUUGCUUGGGUUUGAGCUGAUUCUGAGCAUAUUACUGAAUUAUUGCCAGAAAUGGUUCGAAUAUCAUCCAUUGCCACCAUUGAAUGUAUUGGGUAUAAUAGAAAAUAUUCUGCUACAAGCAGAUCCAGCUUUACUGAACGUUUUCUGCGAACGAGGAAUAACAUCGAGUGAAUAUGCCUGGCCACUUUUAAGGACUGCGAUGAGCGAGGUCUUAUCCAGUUCCGAAUGGUUAAUUCUAUGGGAUCAUUUAAUAUCGCUUAAAAAACCGUUGCUUUUACUGAUGUGCGUGGUUUCGUAUAGUAUUUGUUCUCGUGAAAUUAUCAUUUCCACGUUGUAUUCAGAAGAGAGUAUCAAAAGGUAUUUCAUCAAGCAAGGUCACGUAGGAGCGCAAGAAUUAUUAAAAGUAGCUCAACAACUUGAUAGUGAUAUACCUUUAAGAGUACAUCCUAGCCAGUAUCUCAGAAAUGAUAUAAUUGAGCUAUCUUCUACGGGACCGUAUCCACCGUUUAUGUCAGACGAUUUUCCGAAAUUUCUAACCGACGAAAUCUCUCUCGUCGAACUGGAAAAGUUGAAGGAGAAGAGAAGAAUCAUGCGUAGACAUAAUCGCGAAGCUUUGAAAGUGGAAGAGAUGAACAGACUGAAACACGAGGCGAGGGCUUUUAUGGAUCAGAUUCAUCGAACACGAUUAGACGAAGCUGAAAGGUAUUUCAAAGAACAGUUUUCGGAUGCGAAUUGGGAAUUAAGAGCAACGGAAGAUGAAUUAGGAGAGCAUGAAGUCGAUCCUGAAUGCGUCUGCAUGUCUGAUCGGUUUCACGAUGUUCCACAUUUAAAUUUGUACGCGAGUGACGAGGACGUUCUUGAUUUGAACGAAGAUAGAACCAAAUUGUUGCAGCGAAACGUAGAUACGUUGGAAUACGAAGUGCAGAGUCUUUUAAAUUCGUUACGGCCUCGAAAGUCCGUUUCAUCGUUACUUUAAGGUGUACCGGUUCUCAAAACCACGUCGUCCACUAGCGAGAUCUUCUCUUCCCCUACUCUGCUACGAAAUAUACAAACCUUUAUACACAAGUUACUAUAUAUUAUUUAAAUAUAAUAAAACAUAUAAAUUGA